GCUGCCUCCUCCCCGGGGAGCAGUGAUUCCAACCCCGCCCUCCCCUCGGGGCGGAGGCAGGCGGACAAUGGUUUUUACCUGUCCCAGAGCGGGAGGAGGAGUCGCCACUGGAGAAGGGAGGAACAAAGUCAACUCCUAGUUUACCCGGGACCGGCGCCGCGGGUAGCGCCAGCAAGCGGGCGGCCGCUAGAGCCAAGGACUCUCCGGCAAUCCAGCCGGGUCACCCUUUGCAAGGAGCCGGGGCGGCGUUGGCCGGGAGGGAAGAAGGACACAGCGGCACUUUGUGUUUCCCCGCCGAGUUGCUGGAGCCUGUUUCUGCGCUGGCAGCUCGCGGCGAUCCUGGGGCGCCCUCGGCUCCCCUUCGUGUGGUGGCGGCGCUGAGCCCGGCAAGGGGAGAAGCGGCGGCGCUUUCUCUGCCCUCAGCCCAUUGGUGACUUUGGGGCGGGGGGCGCUACCGCAGGGAGCCGUCUCUCUCCCGGACCGCACGCGAGGGGUGGCAGGGUGGGUCCCCGGAAGGGGAGAAGCGGCGGCGCUUUCUCCGCUCCCCGUUGUUGGUGCCCUGGUUUUUGGCGGGGAGCGGGUGCGUUCCCCGGCACCUCCUGCGCCUUCCUCCCUAUGGCCAGCCGCCCCCAUGGCUCCGAGCAAAGGGCUGCGGCUGCUCUGGAAGCAGGAGCCGGCUCCGAGCGCCCUGCUCGAGGCGCGCAGCCGCCACGACUGUCUGCUGCUGGAGGCCGGCACCGUGGCCACCCUCACUCCUGAAGAAAAGGAGGCAAUUAAAGGGCAAUAUGAAAAGCUCAUGGAUGCCUAUGGCUGCUUGGGAGAGCUCCGGCUAAAAUGUGGUAACACUCGGCUGCAUUUUCUGGUCCUGGUGACAGGCUGUACAUCGGUGGGAAAAAUCCUGGAUGCUGAAGUUUAUAAAAUCACCGCAACAGAUUUCUGUCCCCUCCAGGAAGAAACCAAGGAAGAGGAUCGUGUUAAUGCCCUUAAGAAAAUCCUGAACUCUGGGAUGUUCUAUUUCUCCUGGCCAAAUGCAGGCUCAAACUUUGACCUGACAGUGCGGGCCCAGAAGCAGGGUGAUAACAACUAUGAAUCUGGUAACUCCUUCUUCUGGAACCAAUUGCUGCAUGUGCCCUUUAAACACAAUCAGGUGAACUGCUCCGACUGGCUGCUAAAAGUGAUCUGUGGCAUAGUGGACAUCCACACUGUCUAUGCCUCUCACAAGAAGGCCAAAGUCUGCCUCAUUUCCCGGAUCAGCUGUGAACGAGCUGGGGCCAGGUUUCACAUACGAGGGGUCAGUGAUGAUGGACACGUGUCUAAUUUUGUUGAGACAGAGCAGACAAUUUAUUUGGACGAUGACAUCUCUUCCUUUGUUCAGAUCAGAGGCUCCGUUCCACUGUUUUGGGAGCAACCAGGGCUUCAGGUUGGUUCCCAUCAUCUGAGACUUAACAGAGGCCUGGAAGCAAAUGCCCCUGCUUUUGACAGGCAUAUGAUGCUUCUGAAAGAGCAAUAUGGAAAACAAGUGAUCGUUAACCUGUUGGGAAGCAGAGGAGGAGAGGAGGUGCUCAACAGAGCUUUCAAGAAAUUGCUGUGGGCCUCUUCCCAUGCUGCAGACACACCCAUGAUAAAUUUUGACUACCAUCAGUUUGCAAAAGGUGGAAAAAUAGAGAAGCUGGAGAAUUUGUUGAGGCCUCAGCUAAAGUUGCACUGGGAUGAAUUUGGUAUCUUCACAAAGGGCAAGAAUGUACCUGCACGUCUGCAGACAGGUACCUUGCGAAUGAAUUGCCUGGACUGUCUGGAUCGUACGAAUAGCGUACAGUCCUUCAUUGCACUUGAGGUUCUGCACACUCAGUUAGAAAGCCUAGGGUUGAACUCGAAGUCUACAGUUGACCGCUUUGUGGAGUCCUACAAGGCAAUGUGGACUCUCAAUGGUCACAAUCUGAGUAGAGUGUUUACAGGCAGUCGUGCCCUGGAGGGGAAAGCCAAGGUAGGAAAGCUCAAGGAUGGAGCCCGCGCUGUGUCACGCACCAUUCAGUCAAAUUUCUUUGACAGUGUGAAGCAGGAAGCCAUCAAGUUGCUACUCAUGGGUGAUUUCUUCAGUGAGGAACAUGCAGACAAAGGAAAGAUGCUUAUGGACAACACUGCUCUGCUGGUGACUCCCAGUAUUUUGAAGGCCAUGUCAGAGCGUCAGUUUGAAUUCACGCACUUCAAGCGGAUUCGUGUUGCCAUGGGGACCUGGAAUGUAAAUGGAGGCAAACAAUUUAGAAGCAACAUCCUUGGCACCAGUGAAUUAACAGACUGGCUGCUGGAUUCUCCCAAGCUCUCUGGGGUUUCUGAAUUUCAGGACGAUGAGAGCUGCCCACCUGACCUAUUUGCUGUGGGAUUUGAAGAGAUGGUGGAAUUAAAUGCAGGGAAUAUUGUAAAUACCAGUACAACUAAUAGGAAGAUGUGGGGGGAACAGCUUCAGAAAGCGGUUUCCAGGACUCACCGGUACAUUCUGCUGACAUCAGCACAGCUUGUUGGUGUUUGUCUCUUCAUCUUUGUACGACCUUAUCAUGUCCCCUUCAUCAGGGAUGUAGCAAUAGACACAGUGAAAACAGGGAUGAGAGGGAAAGCUGGGAAUAAAGGCGCAGUAGGCAUCCGUUUCCAGUUACACAGCACCAGUUUUUGCUUCAUAUGCAGUCACUUGACAGCUGGUCAGUCUCAAGUGAAAGAGAGGAAUGAAGAUUAUAAAGAGAUUACACAGAAACUCAGCUUCCCAAUGGGAAGGAAUGUGUUCUCACAUGACUACGUGUUCUGGUGUGGUGAUUUUAACUAUCGCAUCGAUCUGACCUAUGAAGAGGUCUUUUAUUUUCUGAAACGACAAGACUGGAAAAGACUCCUGGAAUUCGAUCAACUACAGCAGCAGAAAUCCAGUGGAAAAAUUUUUAAAGACUUUCAUGAAGGCACUAUUAAUUUUGGACCAACAUAUAAAUAUGACGUUGGCUCAGAGGCUUAUGAUACAAGUGAUAAGUGCAGAACCCCUGCUUGGACUGACCGAGUGCUUUGGUGGAGAAAGAAGCUUCCGUUUGAUAAAACAGGUGUGUAGCGUCUUUCUCAUUUUUGCAUUUCUCGUUUUAAAUAAUGAUGCUGAGCAGUCAGAUCUCACUGGAUCCAAG